CACGCUGUACAUGUCAUUAAUUGUCAAAUAUCAUUUCCCAAAUCUUAUUUCAUUUUCGUAAUAUAAUUCACUUGGUCGCAGAAGAGUUUAUUUCACUGAGAUUAAGAAUUAUCUGCAUUAUGCACUAUUUAAAGUGAAUUAUUAAUACAUUCACCUGUUCUAACCGGAUAUAACUUGACUUCUGAAAAAUAUAUCAAGCAAUAUGUAUUCGAGACUCAACCAAUUUGGAAUUGUGCAGAAUCGGUUACUGCUAGCCAAUAGAAAGUACAGUGGCAGUAUCUUAAAGAAAAAAGAAUCACUGGCUUUGCAGCCUGGAAAAGUUAGUCAUGGCUUCAUUUGCUCUGAAGUUGAACAUAUCAAGGAAUACAACAUGACAGCAUACUUCCUUACACAUGAAAAAACUAAAACUGAAUACCUACAUUUGGAAAGAGAUGAUUCUAACAAUGUAUUCUCUGUAGGCUUCCGUACCACUCCACUUGACUCCAUGGGCACCCCACACAUACUAGAGCACACUGUUCUUUGUGGUUCAGAAAAAUAUCCAGUAAGAGAUCCCUUUUUUAAAAUGCUUAACAGGUCUCUAGCGACAUUUAUGAACGCCCUGACUGGCCCCGAUUACACUUUCUAUCCAUAUUCCUCUCAAAAUGAAAUUGAUUACAGGAAUCUCCAAAAAGUAUAUCUUGAUGCAGUUUUCAAGCCUAAUUUAGCUAGACUUGACUUUUUACAAGAAGGCUGGAGAUUAGAACACUCAGAUUUACAAAACAAAACAUCCAAUUUAGUAUUCAAGGGUGUAGUUUACAAUGAAAUGAAGGGUGCUUUCUCGGAAACAAGCUCUUUAUUUGGUCAGAAAUUUAUUAACCAAAUAUUACCACAGGGCACUUACGGUUAUGUGUCUGGAGGUGACCCCUUAUGUAUUCCAGAGUUAACUCACAGUCAUUUAAAAAGAUUCCAUGCUACUCAUUACCACCCUAGUAAUGCAAGAAUUUAUUCUUAUGGCAACUUCCCAUUAGAAGCUAACCUUAAAUUUGUAAAUGAUUCAUAUUUAAGUCAUUAUGAAUACUUAGAUCCUAAAAAUACUGUUGUGACACCACAAGAAAGGUGGAAAGAAGAAAAGAGGGUGUCAAUUUCUUGUAGAGUGGAUCAAUAUGGUGGACCUGUAGAGAAACAAAAUCAGAUAGCUAUUGGUUAUGUUAUGUCAGAUAUUACCAACAUUUAUGAGACAUUUAUGCUGACCGCACUCUCCGAGCUCAUGAUAAUUGGUCCGAAUUCAGCAUUUUAUAAGAGUCUCAUUGAGAAAAAUAUAUCAGGUGGCUAUAAUUCUUUAACUGGUUAUGACAAUCAGAUAAGAGAUACGCUGUUUGCUGUAGGACUUAGAGAUGUUGAAGAAAAGAACUUUGCAACAAUUGAAAAGAUAGCAUAUGAAACUAUACACAGAAUAUUCACAAAAGGUUUCGACCAGGAUCACAUUGAAAGUGUUUUACAUGGAUUUGAAUUAGCUAUAAAACAUCAAUCACCUAAAUUUGGUCUCAAUUUACUCUUCAAUAUAAUGCCGUUAUGGAUACAUAAUGGACCACUUUUGAAUGCAUUAAAAAUAAAUAAAUUGCUUGAUAAACUUAAAGUGAAUCUUAAAGAUCAACAUUACGUGAAAGCUGUGAUUGAAAAAUACUUCAUAUGUAACACACACAAAUUAAUAAUGACUAUGCAACCUGAUCCCAAAUUCGAUGAUGUAUUUAAUACAGCAGAACAAGAAUUACUACAGAAAAAAGUGGAAGAACUAUGUGAGGAAGACAGAAAACAAGUUUAUUACGAUGGAUUGGAACUUUCCAAAGCACAAAAGAAGCAACAAAACCUGGAUGUGUUGCCUUGUUUAAAACUAGAAGAGAUAACUCUUAAUAAAACUGCCCCUCCCCUGAAGCAUACAGUAUCUGGCUCAAUUCCUCUACAGCUCUGUGAGGCCAAUACCAAUGGAGUAAUAUAUUUUAAAGGAGUUCUUGGAACUGAAAGUUUAAAUGAAGAGCAACAGCGGUUGCUGCCAUUCUUUAAUUAUGUUAUUGACAAGUUUGAUACAGUAUCUUACAAUUUUCGAGACUUUGACAAAUAUGUUAGCAUGAGUACAUCUGGGUUGAGUUUCUUAACUCAUGUGACGGAACAUAUAGAUCAGCAUGGACAAUACGAACAAGGUUUGCUGAUUGGGAGCCACUGUCUCGAAGAUAAUAUACCCAAAAUGCUUAAUAUUUGGUCUGAAAUCUUCAGUAAGCCAAAUUUUGAGAAUGAGGAGAGAAUGAAAAUGCUUUUAAACAAUUAUUGUUCAUCUUUAACCAGUGGCAUUAUAGACAAUGGUCACACAUACGCAAUGCAAUCAGCUCGCUCCCUAAUAUCAUCUGUUGAUGAAUGCAAAGAGAAUUUGUUAGGAAUACAACAUGUGAUAAACAUGCAGGGUAUACAAAAACAAUACACAAUCAGCGAUAUACAAACAAUAGUUGAUUCUAUUUCAACACAAACUUUGAAUGGAUACAAUCUAAGAGGGGCUUUCCAUUUCUCAAAUACUAAUGUUGAUGUAUUAGAGUGCCUCGAUGAGUUCUGUAAGAGUCUGAGCCACAAUGAGGAGAACAAAGAUAUAAACCGCAUUAACUGGGUUGAUUCAAAACAAAUGCCUAAACAGAACCGAGGUAUUCAUGUUUCGAUGAACAUACCAAUCAAUUACUGUGCCAAAGUUGUUCAAGCAGUGCCAUAUACCGACCCAGAUUAUCCGAAACUCCGUGUGUUGUCCAGGUUUUUGACAUCUAAAUACCUUCAUCCUAUUGUCAGGGAACAAAAUGGCGCUUACGGAGGAGGAGCAGCAUUAACUUUGGAUGGUGUUUUCAACUUCUAUUCAUACAGAGAUCCGAACUCACGUAAAACAUUGGAUGUUUUUGAUAAUACCACAACAUGGAUGGAAAAUAACAGUAAUCUUUUGGAUGAUCAAAAUCUUUUUGAAGCGAAACUUUCAAUAUUGCAGCAGAUGGAUCAACCUGUAGCGGAAUACAUGAAGGGUAUUGAUCUGUUUCUCUAUGGAUUAUCGUUUGACAUUUGGCAAACACAACGUGAGAGAGUGCUGGCGGUCACAAAGGAAGAUCUGAUAGAAGCGUGCCAUAAAUAUUUAGCUCCUGAAAUAUGGGCAGGAAAAUGUGUUAUUGGUGAAGGUGCAUCACAAGAAAUACAGAAGGAUGGUGAGUUUUGGAAAAAGAUAAGUGGACCCCAGCAGUAAACUUUUUCCAAAGCAAGUUUAUGGCACUUAAAAGUGUACUUAGAAAUGUAUAUUGUUUAUUCUAUGGUUAUUAAUUGAGGAGGGUCAACAAUUGAAAAGUCUAGCUUUAUCUGUUUUUGUUAAAAUAUUUAUUAUUUGAUUAAUACAUAUGAUUUUUAAAUUUGUCGAAAUGCUAAUGUCUUAUUCUAAUUAGAAUUGCAUGGAUGUAAUAUUUCAGAUAUAAAUUUAUGUAAAUCCCAGAUUAUUUUAACGGGAUAUGCUUUAGUUUUGGCAUUUAGGAUUACUGUCCUUUCUUUGCUUGUUGAAUUAUAUAAAUUAAGUAGUGUGUUUCGAUGGUUUAUGUUAUUAUUUGCUUAGUAAAGACAUGUUAAGACUGUUUAAAAAUAAACUUAAAUGUAAUAAUAA